AUGGCGUCUGCUGCUCUGAGAGCCAGCGAUUCCACCUUGGAGAAUGGCUCAUUGGCUGGGGUGGAACCAAAUUGCAGUCCCAGUCUUGUUGAGAGCGGGGAGUAUAUGCUUGACGGCCCUCAGGAGGAGCCUGUAUACUCUGUCUUUUCGCCAGGUUUGCGGCGAUACAUUGUCGUCUGUGCUUCAUGGGCUGGCCUCUUUUCCCUUCUUUCGGCAAACAUUUAUUUUCCGGCGUUGAAUGCCAUGGGGAGAGACUUGAAGGUUUCUGCCUGGGAGAUGAACUUGAGCAUCACAACAUAUAUGGUAAUGCAAGGUUUGGCACCGAUGUUCGUGGGAGAUUUCGCGGACACGGCAGGCAAGCGACCGGCAUAUAUGGCUUGUUUUGCCAUAUAUAUUGCUGCGAAUAUUGGGCUGGCAUUGCAGAACAACUUCGCGGCUCUACUUGUGUUGCGGUGCUUGCAGAGCGCUGGGAGCGGCGCGACGAUUGCUCUUGCUUCUGGAGUUGUGGCUGAUAUAGCCCCAUCAGCCCAGAGGGGGUCGUAUAUCGGUUAUACCAUGGCAGGCUCGUCGACAGGUCCUUCGAUCGGGCCCGUAAUCGGUGGUUUGCUGGCCCAUUACCUGAGCUGGAGAGCAAUAUUCUGGUUCCUCGUUAUCAUGGCUUCGGUGUUCAUUAUCCAGUACAGCUUGUUCUGUCCGGAAACAUCGAGGAAUAUUGUGGGAAACGGGUCGAUACCGCCGCCGAGGUGGAAUAAGUCACUUGUUUCGUAUGCGGACAGGCAUGAAUCGAGCCAGCAUGCGGAUCGGCCAGCCAUGAGGCCACAAUGGAGAAUCCCUAAUCCUGUAAAUGCGAUAUUGAUCGUGUUUCGAAAGGAUACCAUGCUCACGCUCUUAAGCAAUGCAAUUAUUAUCUGCGGGUAUUACGUGAUUGCCGCUUCCAUCCCGAAAAUUUUUGACGAGAAAUAUGGAUAUAGCGAGUUUCAGAUCGGUCUUUGUUUCCUUCCGUUCGGCGUGGGCUCUGCCGUGGCCUCAAUCAUCACCGGCUAUAUCGUCGACUGGAAUUACAAAAGAAUCGCCAAGGAGAUUGGGUAUCCCAUUCAAAGAAAUAAGGAGCGAGACCUGAAGAAUUUCCCGAUCGAAAAAGCAAGGCUUCAACUAACGCUACCGCUUCUUUUUGUCGCAUGCUGUAGCACACUGGUGUUCGGCUGGACCCUGCAGUUUAAUGUAUCUGUUGCAUUUCCCCUAGCUGCUCUAUUCUUUGCUGGAGCGUCGCUGCUCGGCGCUUUUAAUACACUUGGAACACUGAUUGUCGAUUUGCACCCAAACAAUGCCGCGACAGCCACAGCCGCAAAUAAUCUUGUUCGGUGUCUUCUUGGAGCGGGAGCGACCGCGGGGAUUCUACCCAUGGUAGACAAGUUGGGUCGGGGAUGGAGUUUCACUGUGGUAGCUUUCGGUAUGCUCACCACGGCUCCUAUGAUGUUGGCUACCGUUUAUUAUAAUCCAGGAUGGAGAAAAGAUCAAGAGAAGUGA